GCAGGACGGGGGCGCUUGUGUUUCGGUUUGGUCAGACCAGUCACAAGAUGCUGUGAAGUAAAAAAAAAUUGAAAGCGUCUCUACCAUUCAGAGCGGCAGCUACUGCUUCACAGAACAUUUAACUCUGCAACAAUGAGUGAAUCACUGGUGGUGUGUGAUGUGGAUGAAGAUCUGGUUAAAAAGUUGAAGGAGUUUCGUUUCCGGAAGGCGACCAAUAACGCGGCCAUUAUCAUGAAGAUUGACAAAGACAAGCAGCUUGUUAUUCUUGAUGAAGAACAUGAGGACAUUUCUCCUGAUGAUCUAAAGGACGAACUGCCUGAGAGACAGCCCAGAUUUGUCGUCUACAGCUAUAAGUACCAACAUGAUGACGGACGUGUGUCCUAUCCCCUCUGCUUCAUCUUCUCCAGUCCAGUGGGUUGCAGACCAGAGCAGCAGAUGAUGUAUGCAGGAAGCAAAAACAAACUGGUGCAAACUGUUCAACUGACCAAGGUGUUCGAGAUCAGAAACACAGAGGACCUAACAGAGGAAUGGCUUAGAGAGAAACUUGGGUUCUUCCGCUAAAGCCUCCAACUCAGAGGUCUGGGAUGUGAAGAGGAUCCAGACUGCACAACAUGCAUUAUCUCUUUGGGAGAGCACACCAGUUAAUGUUUCCCUCUUCUGUGUACCAGACCCGAUUUGAAUAGUGUUUGCAGAUAACAUUCUGCACUCAGUUUUAAACCUCUUUGGUGAGGUUUACUGUAUAUGACAACUGAAAGUGCACCAGAAGGUUCAGACAAUCACAGGACUGCUUUUCUGUGGCUGUCAACACCUGAAGCACUGUCUAAACCUGCCCCAUGUGACGGCCUAAAACUGAAAACACUAUUUGAUGCAGGUCUGCGUUUAUCUUCCUUACAGUCUCUCCGUGUGCCAGUUUGUGUCUGUUGAAUUAACACUCCCAUCGCUCUUCAAGUGGACAGAGAUUAAUAGUACUCAUCUGCCCUUCCUAAGUGUGUUCAUUUAAGGAGAAUUUAGUGGUAGUAGUUUACACUCAACAUUUUUUGCAACUCUGAACCUCCUGAGUUUCGCCCUUUAUGUUUAAUAAUUUUUUAUAAUUUGAGGGAGUCUUACUUUUAUAUUUUUUUUUCUAGUGUACCUAGGGUAAUGUAAGCAUAACUUACAUUUUAUAGCAUUAGUUUUGUUUUUUGUGUAAAAACCAAACUUCCUGCCGUAACAUCUAAACAGUCACCACUACAAUUGAGUUUUGUUUUAGUCAGUUUCUCCUUAAGUAUUCAUUUAAGGGCAUUUUAAGUAUACUUUAGUUAACAGCCUAUAAUCACUCCAGUCUACAAAAGACACUAACACUAGGACCAUUUGACAAGAGGCACUUCUGAUAGUUACAGUGUAUAUGAUGUGUUGUACCUUCUCCUGUGCACAUGAUCAAGCUGGCAGAAGCCAUGAAGUGGUGCUCAUCACAGUCCGUUGUCGGAUCACAUUUUUUCAUCUCUGUUUAGAGAAAAAAAAACAGCAUGAAUCAUGGGUAAAACUGCAUUCUGCCUUGGACCUGUUUAUAUGUUAGAGCAGUUUCACACUCCAGGAAGCAAUUUUUCCACUGAAACAUUCCAGACUGAUCAAUUUAUACAACAAACCCCUGUCUCUUGUGAUAGUCUUGAAAACACUGCACACAGGGUGCCAUUACCUGCCCUCUUUUUAAAUCGACUAGGCUUCUCUGUAUAAGUGGGUUACUCUGUCUUUAGGGAGCUUGUUAGCUAACAUUGUGCAAUAUAGCUAUUACUGUUGUUAGUGUUUAUGAACGUUGUGCUUAAUUCUGACAUAAAGCCACUUUGCUUCGUGGUGGUCACAGCUUUGAGAAUGGCGCCUGUUGUACUUAAUAUUUUGAUUUGGCAGGUGAAAGACUGGGCAGUUUUCUAUGUCGUACAGGGUUUGACCAGUGUAGCUUUUUGAAGGCUGAUUCUGAUAUUAGCAUUGAAUGUGCCAGCAGCUUAAAUUUUGUGCCAAUGUUUAAUAUGCAGUCUGUAAGUAUUUUUACAGUGACACUUUUUUGUUGUGUUUGAUCUGUUUUCUGUCAUGUUGGGUUUGAAAUUAAACACAAACAGGUUAAAAAGCCAAAAUUCUCAGUUUUUGGCACUUUUCAAAUCUAAUGUGCUAGAGUAUACAGUUAAAAAACCACAUAAAGUGUGUCACUUUCCAAACAAUUACAGACUGUGUUCUAUGUAUCUUGUUAUUUCCAUGCCCAAAAAUGACAUUUCUUCCUUGUUCCCUGAGGGAGGUCCUCUAAAACAGCAUAGAGGGAGUAGCAGACUUAAACUUAGGAGCUCGUAACAGCAGGGUCACCAGUCCCAGGCAGUUGAAAGCUACAGAAAACUGAAAAUACCCCAAAUCUACAAAGAAAAUAAAAUUGUAUUGCCAGUGCUACUGAGUGGUUUAUAAUACGUGACCGUUCCACUGGUGAUGGAUGACUCAAGUGGCAGAUUUCUGAUUCUUAAUGAAAACCUGAAAUCUGCUAAGUAUAUUGGUGUGGCCCUAACA